AUGCAGAAGGAUCUCAGCACACCAUUUCAUUUAGACUGUCUUCUGGAUAAGGGCAUGUCAGAAGCAGAUGCCCAUUCUCGUGAUUUUUAUUCCUUCCCAGAUAUAUCAAGAUUGAAGAGAAAAAAAUGUGAAUUCAACAAGAAUUUCCAUCUCAUCCUUCACACUAAGCUGGCUAACACUCACUACAAGCGAGAAUUGCAGGCUCAGGCCACCCUCAUUAAUUUCUCUGUCACUGAGGACAGGCUGGAAGACCAGCUGUUGGCUGAGGUUGUUAGUCCUGAAAGGCAAGACUUAGAAAAACAUAAGGCAGUCCUGGCCAAGCAGCAGAAUGGUUUCACGAAUGAGCUCCAGCAGCUGGAGGAUGACAUGCUGCUCAGGCUGUCAGCUGCCUGAGGCAAUCUCUUAGAUGACAAUGCACUUGUAAAGAAAAUCAAAUACAAGUCAACUUCAGCAGAAAUACAACACAAGGUAAUUGAAGCCAAAGAAAAUGAAGCUCAGAUUAACAUGACAAGGGAGCACUACAGACCAAUAGCUGUAAGAGCAUCCAUUCCUUACUCUGUCCAUAUCAGCCUGGGCAGCAUCAACCCCAUCUACCAGUUUUGCAUAAUUGGCCUUCAAUGUGUUUUCCACAAAGCAAUUAAAUAGGCUGAAAUAUCAGGGGAUAUUCAAUGUUGUAUCUCUAACCUGAGAAAAGUUGUCACAUAUUCAACCUUUCUUUUCUCAAGGCAAGGACUUUUUGUAAAAGAUAACCUCAUUUUUCUGGCCCAAACAGCUUUUCAGAAGAGGAAAAAUCUCUGAUUGAUUCUUCUAAGAAGUAAAGAGAUAGAAUUUGUUGAAUUGGAUUUCCUACUUCAAUUCAGAAGAACACAUGUGAGUCCUGUUGACUUCCUAAGUACUCAGUGAUGGAGUGUCAUUAGAGCUAUGGCAGUGAUGGAUGUGUUCAGUGGGGUAGAUAAAGAUAUUGAAAGAUCCACCAAGAAAUGGUAGAAGUGGCUGGACUCAGAAUGUCCAGAAAAGGAAAAGUUCCCCCAGGAACAGACAAAAAAACCCAAACCUCUUUUGAGAAACAAAAAUGCUGUCCAUUAGGACAGAAUGACAUACACUCUGAGGAACUUUGUGGAAGAAAAGCUUGUCUGACAGUAUGUGGAAAGCGCAAGGAUGGAUUUAGCAAAAUGCAGUGAGCAGUCCAGCUCAACCAGUCCUGUGUUUUUCAUUCUGGCUUCCAGAGUAGACCCACUUGAAGAUACUGAGACAUUAGGCAAAAAGCUUGGGUUCAUUAUAGACUGUAGACUCUAGAAGAUUUCAUAACAUCUCUUUCGGACAAAGGAUGGUUGCAAACGAGGCACUCAAGAAGGCUGCCUGCCAUGGCCAAGGGGUUCAUUCCCAAUUGCGUUGUUGGGAGGCUGAAGUUUGGCCCUCAGGGCUGGAACGGAAGGCAGCGGUUCAGCACCAGAGAUCUCUACGUCCGUGUCACUGUCCUCUGCAACUAUUUGGAGGCCCAUGUGAAGGUAGGUCCUAUGGGAAAACUUGCAUUACCUCUUUGGUGAGAUCAUACAGAGUGGCCACCAAUACCUGGGACCACAGGCUCUGCUCUGUACACCUGCAAGAACUCAUCAGACCACUUGUGGUAAGAACUUUCACAUAUGCCUGAAGCUCCUGAACAUGUAUGUAGUAUAUUCAACCUAAGGGAAAUUGAAGACCACAAACUUUCUCAUCUAUGCAGCUCCACCUGUAGCUAGGUCUUGUCUGACUGUGGAGGAAUAAAUUUUACAAUGAUUCAUCAUGAGCAGAUUUUGUCUGAAAAUGUUUGUGACUUGGCAUACUGCUUGUUUACUUUUUCAAGUACCCUUACUUGGUAACGUGAAUUCAGUAUUUUGUAACACUGCUUGUAUAGUGAUCUUAAUGACAUUGGGUAUGCUUAGGUUUUCAUUUUCCUAGUAAUACUAUUUUAAGGUGCUUCAAUUUAGACAGGUCUGGAUUGGCAUGGGUAAGUAUCUCUUAUGGAACUGGUUACUUUAACCAACAUAACUGACAGAUUCACCGGUUCCAGCAGUCCAGAAUGGCACCAUCCUCAAAACUUGCACUUGUUUGCACAUUUUCUUCUCCAGAAAAAUAGUAGAAUGGAAAUGUUAUACAUUUCCUUGCAUUUUCCCAUUUCCAAAAUAGGGAAAAUAGUUUGUAAGACUGUUUUUAAUUUUCUACUACCCUCUCACACAUCAGUAGCUUUGUCAGUUUGUCACCAGCUGACAUAUACUGAAUAUUCAAAUUUCACUGUUGAGUUUUUGUCCUGGACAGCAGUGUAUGUGGAGCAUCCAUGAGUCCAAGGUGCCAGGUAGGCAGAGUUGCUUCUAAUCAGCAACAAAUGUUAGAAUUUUUGAGGCUACAAAAAGAAAAUGUUGCUCUAACUUUAGUUCUAAGAAGUCUUGCUUGGAAAUUACUUUAAGUUAUUUCCAUAUACAUACAUUUAUAUGUAUUUAUGUGGAUGUAUAUACAGGGGGUGUGUGUAUAAGAUAUAUAGAUAAAAAUAUUAAAACAACCCAGUCAGUUUCUGGGUUUGCUGAAGUAGUUACUUCAGAGAACUGAUUGUACACAAUUUUCUAAAAACAGCCAAGAGAUUUUUCGAGUACCCUUUGCAGACUUCUUAUUUUUCAUUUUCCAAAGGUAAAAUUUUAUUUGAGAAGAAUAAAAUAUGGAAAUUAGCAUGUUACAUGUGAGCAGGCCGUUUGUGGAGCCUGGAUAACUUGGGGGAAGUGCACCUUUCAGCCCUGGCAAUGGGCUGAAGCUGCCUUGCAGUUGCAAGCAAGAUGAGCGGGCUGAUGUCUCCCUGGUCCCUAACAAGCAGGUUUUCAUAUGUCAAAGAGCCACACUCAGAUGAAGGUAAUUGGAAGUAACUGCUCAGAAGAAGAUGCCCAAGAGUAAGUUGCCAUGGAGAUGGAAAGGCUAAACACCACUGUACUCCUGACCUUGAAGGAGGCGGAUUUCUCCACAUGACAGCUGAGGUCGCAGGGGCAUGCUGGGAAGCUCAUCCUGCCGGCUCGAGGUCUUCCUGUAGCCUAUGGAUAAGUGAAGAAUUACUGCUUCCAGUUUUGGUAGUCCAUUAACCUUCACAAGCCUGAACUUUCAUUCAAAUAAUUGCAAAAUAAGUAUAGGUGGUGAAACCUGAACAGAAUCACUGCUAUUUGUAUGGCCUUUGGAAAGUUUAGGGACCCAACCCUGAGCUUGGAUCCACUGGUGUCGAUCUUUCCAAGAUUUUUGAUGUAAUUGGAAAAUACUAAAGCUCAGAAUUACCAGCAAAACCAGAAAAUCAUUUAUUGACCGGCAACCAAAUGAAUGUAAACAGGAUGGCCUUUCAUCACUGGUGGGGCUUUGUGUUCACUGGGGCGAUUACCUUCUCUUCUUACCUGUUUGCCUUACUGAUGAGUUCUUUUAGAUAUAAAUUCAUUUCACAAGGUGCAUUAGAAUAAGCCACUAUGCAUGAGCUUUGAUAUACCUCACCUGGGAUCUGCCAUAAGGACAGAAGGGUGGCGAGUUCCUGCUAUGAACCCCAGUAACCCACAGCCUCUGUGCACAUGACUCCCAUGGAUACAGUAAAACCUGAUUUAAGUGCCAGCAGAGAGACUGGUAAGUACAAACUGUCUGACAGAAUUGAUCUUCUACUCAAGGUAAAUAACAGGGCUUUUUUCAAAACCUCAGCACUACUUCAAAGUGGUCUUAAGAUAUAGCCUAUUGUGGGUGAGGUUAGUGGUGCAAGUUCAGGCGCAGGUAAAUGGCUGGUUGCAGAACCAAAUGACUUCAGAAAUAAGUGCUUAGUGAUGUUAUUUUGAGCAACAGCUUGUUGUUGACUGUUCUAAAUGCCAAAAGCCGUUAAAUGUUAUUGUGAUUCUGUGGAGUGGACCCUGCAUUAGGAAGAAAUAGCUCUUGUGAAAAGUACCACUUAAAGCUAGAAAUAUUUUUCAGCAAAAACAACUUCAAGUCUAGUUUAAAUCCCAGACAGCCCUAUGACAAUAAGUUCAGAUAAAUGCUCUGAAUCCAGUGAAGUUCUUACAGCACAGGAGCUGGGGGAGUCUGGAAAAGAAAUGUGAUUGCUACAGCUUUUAUUCUGUCCUGUCAUCUGUAGGAGUACUCUUAUACACCAAGAGUACAUCUCACCAAAGCCCUGUCUACCUACUUAAAUCUUGAUCUGCUCUAAAGUCCCAAGUCUUAUCUUAAAUAUCCUGACAGAGUUAGGGCCUAGGUGCUCUGUAGGAACAGUGCAGUUAAUAGUGUUCGGUUCAAUAUUGAGCUGAUUGAGACCUUAAUUUUUUUCUCCUGCAAAAAUCAUCACCACUGUCUUUCUCACUGAGGCCAAAGCAGCAUUAUAAAACCCCAAGCAAGACUCCUACCUUUGGAGAGAUGCAGUGGUGUAGCUAAUUUUCUUUUCUGUUCCAGCUCCUGGCUGCUAGGGACAUUCUCUUCAGCCAGGCAGAAGAGAAUGGAAGGGACAUAAAUACUGUCCUUACUGGCAACCAUUUCUGUGGAAAGUGGAAUGGGAUCACUGUUUCAGAUAAGUUAAGAUUGCCCAUAUACUGACAUGUGCUAUCCCAGUUCCACACUCCGCUUACCUGUCUCAUCUACCUGUCUGUCCCUUUGACCACUUUAAGGUUAUUAUGAGUGCAGUGUGUUUGUGCAAAGCCCCUAAUUAAUGACAGACUAAAUAGAACUAAUGCUGUGGCUCAUAUUAACACACAACAGGGUUGAGGUGAGUUGAGACUCCAGUCCUGCCUCUCCCACAGAUGUCCUGUGUGACUUUCCUCCUGCUCAGACUCUCAUCUGCAAAAUGGCAUAAUAAUCCUUGCUUGUCUGCUGCAGGGAUGCAGACAUUCAGUACUUAAAAUACACUCACCUCAGUAGUGACAGUCCUUAAAACAAACUCAGAGCAUCCUCAUGAAGGAAGAAGCAACAGUAUUUUAACACUGCAGAAAAUGGGACUGUCGGGAGAUUAUGCAAAUAGUAACUAUGCUAAAAAUACUUUGGUAAUCCUGUUCCAUUGUAUCAGAACAUACAGACAUCAUGUCCACAGACUCCAAGAAAAUCUCAGAAAUUUUGAAGAUACAGAGGAACAUUUCAAGAACUGGUCUCAGAAUUAUCAAUAACAUUAUUGAUUCUUUUCUGCAGCUUGAAGGGGAACCGGCACUAGGUUUCUUGGCCCCACCAAAUCUGGAUUGUGAUGGAUACCAUAAAUACAUAGAUUAAAUUCUUGCAUCUGAAAGCCCUGUACUAUAUGGACUGCACUCUGAUGCUGAGAUUCUUGACGACAAUAUCAGAUAAUUUCUUCAAAACUCUUUCAAAAAUGCAACCUAUGGAUACAUUUGUAGGAGAGGGAUCAGGCUAGUCUGCAGAGAAAGAUGUGAAGUUCUUAAUCUGGUGUGUUGUCAGUGCUUUAAUGACAUGUGGAGCACACAUCUGACUGUGUUAUUUCAGCAAGAGACCUAAUUUCUGGGGGGAAAAUGAUGCAUCAAAUUAGAAAAGAUUAAAUGAGUGUUAAUACUAGUGAUGAUAAUGCACCAGCCUGGCCAAGGUACUGCGCUAGGACGGAAUUUGGACCAAAGAUAUUUGGAGUAGAGGAACAUCUAACCUGUUAUGCAGUUCAUUUCUUUUUAACUUUGAAUUAAUUGUGGGGUGGGAAACAAGGUAUGGAUCUAUCUUACUUUUUUUUUUAUGCUUUUAUAAACAAGUACAGCAACAAUAACUUACUAAAAAAAAGGCAUGGUUGGUUGAAUUGGUGGGUCUAGUCUUCACCUCUGUCCUUUGUUCUCAUCUCCUGCAUGAUAAAUCCCCUUUGAGUAGCUUUCCUGCUCCUUCCCACUUGUACCAAGCAUAGGAAGUCCCUCCCAGCCUGCAGUCCUGGAUUCCUUCUGCCACGCUGACAGCACAGCCAAGCGACGAUGUGCACGGUCUCCAUGACAGGAAGGGUAGCCCAAGCACAGAGCUCUCCCAUCACUUCCCUUGCUGGGCCCUUGAUCUGAUUAGGAGCCAUGUGGCUGCUCAUAGAGACUUCCCUUCUGAGCAGUAGCCAAGGAGGUUUUCAGGGAGUUUUAGUUUACUGGUAGUCUGAAGAGGUGAGAUCUGGCCAAGGAGGCUGUUUGACCAUCUCUUAGCCUUAGCACCUCUCUUGUACAGAACCUGGAGUUUAGCAGAACAAUAUCAUUAACAUAUAUAAGCCAUCAGAUGCUAGGUUAAAGGGACCAACCCUAAUAGAAGGCUAAGCUUCGUCAUUUAAUAUGGAGUUAACUGGGGCACUGUAGUUCUGUUCAUGGAACAUCACUGGUGCUGUACUUAAGAGAUUAAAUGAAUAACACAAGAGCAGGGAAGGAAAAUGUAAUCAGAAAUCUCAGCUAGUUCUGUUUCAGACCUUUCUGUCUUCUGCACCUUCCUUUCUGAGUGUAGGUCUGAGAAACUAUGUCCAGAAGCCUCAAAACCUGCCAUAUGAUGAGACUGAGCCUUGAGCUCCUCAUCCUUACCAGAGUUAAUUAAAGUCUCCUGUGACUCCCACUCUUCUGCAUUUCUCAGUCCCUUUCUUUACUCCCUUCUUUUCCUCUAGGCACUCUUUUUUUUUUCUCUUAUCAGUAUCAGAUCAUGGAGGCUUUGCAGGAGGGAGUGUGACAGCUCUUCUUGCAAGUGGCCAAACAGCACUUCAUCUGCUGGGGGAAGUUUGUGCUUUUCACAUUCAGUUCCCAUCCACUUUAGGGAGUCUGGACUAUUAUAUAUGGCAUUCAUUAAUUCUGCCAAAGCUAGGACUGAAACAGAGGCUGAGCUGCAUUAAUGCUGUGAUUUCAGUUCCUGCUCAUUAGUACUGUUACGAAUUGUUCUUCAUUUAUGUUCUGUCUCAGUUACAGAGCAGGCCUGCAGGGAGGGAGAGAGGCUCUUUUGGGGGGUGAGACGUGUGUGCCUGUGCCUGCACUGUAUUUUGCCUAAUGCCUGGGACAGGAAGGACUGUGGGUGGUGGAGAGGGUGAAGGAAGCUAUUAGGUACUAGAGAAGAACAAACCUCCAAUCACACUCAGCUGAAAAUCAAGGCAAUUUCAGGGUACAUCCUACUAACAGCAGUCAUCCCAAGUCUGGAACAAUGUGUUAGUGGGCUUCAGGGGUCAAUAUUACUUGAAAAUGUGAAGCUAAAUAGAAGCUGCUAAGUGUUAAUUGUUUUGCAGUGAUUUAUCUCAGUACUGGUGCCAAAAAGACAGCAAAGGUGAGGGAGGGAGCAUCACUGGUUUUUAUCUAAGAAAAUGAGAUGUUUGCACUCUCCUGGAAAAGAAAUCAGACUUGAAAGUAGAAGACACAAAAAGAGUUGACUGCCGGGAUUUCUAAUGGCACUGUUGUAUUGUCCUGGACAAGUUAAAGAAUGUCCUGGAUGAUAUUCUGGAGAUACUUCUUGAGAAAUUCAAUGUCAUGCAGAAGACUACUGCCUGGAGCCCCUGUGCCCUUGUUUGCCUUCAAGAGUAUAGGAGGAGGAAACUUUGUCCUUUCAGAGAUCUGUAGCUGGACCUCACUAUGAAAGCAAAUGACUUUUUUAUUAACAGUACUGUUGCUCUUCUGUGCAUUUUGGGGCUUUUUUUGCUUUUUUUGGAAAUGAAAGAAUAGCUAUUCUUUAUAGUGUCAGUAUGCUUUUUAUUUUUCUGCAGACAAAGGGGGAGCUGAUAUUUUCUCCUCACAUGGAAGUGCUGCAAUCUACACUCUUCUGUGAUGUUUUGCCAAACACAUGGACUAAACUAGCAUAUUCCUUCCACAUAAUGCUUUACCCACUGGCACCAGGCUGGACAUCAAGCUGGGGCCGAUACCUGAAGCACAGCUCAAGGAAUUGACUUAGCAAUGCCAAUCAUUUUUUUAAGGGCAAUUCCAGUGGAUCAAAGGGAAACUGAUAAUGUUUAUGAAUGUCCAGUUUAUAAAAUCAAAAGCAGAGGGCCAGCUUAUGUUUGGAAUUUCAAUCUGAAAAUCAAGAAGUCAGGUAAAUGGGUUCUGGCAGGAAUAGCUUUACUCUUGGCAGUUUAGUACUAACCUUUCAAUAAUACAUGCUGCUUUCUCAAUCUGCCUUGUAGUAAAAGUAAAAGAAGAUAAACAUUUUUCAAAGUCAGCUGGAGCAGGAGAUUUGCCUCACAAAAACACAAUCCUUAGUGUAACACUUAUGUGCUCUAUGUUGUUAUUUCCUCAUCCAUCAGUGUUGCGUUCAUGUGUUUCUCCACAUAAUGAUUAUUGAUCUGCAAGCACCAUUACACCAGCUACGGGAAAGUAAAUGGGAAACAUAGCAUCUGGGUGUAGUUUGACUCACAAAAUACUCCUCUUUAGAUUAGUCUUUAUUCUCUCUACAUAAAAUGAAACAUGUAUCUUACAAGAAUUU